AUGAAGACCAUCCUCCUAGGUCUCCUGCCAGCAUUAGCCAAUGCAGCGGCAACAAGCGGUAAAUUCACUGCGCUGAGCUUCAAUGUCGCAGGUCUACCUUCAAUCUUCCAGUCCAACGACGUCAAUGGCACAAAGCCCGAAAAUGCGAAGCAGCUCGGCACCUACUUCUCACAAUAUGGCUACGAUAUCAUCAAUAUGCAGGAGGAUUUCAACUACCAUGCCUACAUCUAUGAAACAGAUAAACAUGCUUACCGGACCGCUACCUCCGGCGGCGCAGCCAUUGGAAGUGGUUUGAACACCAUCUCCAACCACGACUGGGUAGAUUUCACCCGCGUGAAAUGGAACACAUGUUCCGAUGCAUCCGGCUCAGACUGUUUGACCCCGAAGGGACUCACCUUCAUGCGCUGGAACCCGGCCGAUGGAGUCUAUGUCGACUUUUACAACAUCCAUGCCGACGCUGGCACCGAGGAUAAGGAUGAAACUGCCCGAAAUUCCAACUUGCAGCAAGUCGCAGAUUACAUCGACACCUGGUCGACUGGUAACGCCGUCGUAGUCAUGGGCGAUACGAAUAGUCGAUACACGCGCGCCCUUGAUACGGGAAUCCGAGUCUUCAAGUCUCAGAAUAACCUUGCUGACCCCUGGGUUGACCUUCAGAAAGAUGGUGUCUACCCCACGGCUGGGGCAGAUGCCUUGCUAUGCGAUAACCCGUCUUCUGUUCAGACCUGCGAGACGGUUGAUAAAGUUCUGUACCGGGGGUCUGAUGUUGUGACGCUCAAGGCAGACAGCUUCGUCUAUGACGGUGGAAAGUUUACAAACACUGACCCCAAGUAUCUGGGUCAGAUUCUCUCGGAUCAUAACCCGAUUCUUGUGAACUUCACCUGGUCGCUUUCGUCGUCUCUGCGACAGAGUCAGUUCUCGGGUGGUCCGCACGGGGUGUGGUUCAAUGAUCUGCCGAAGAUUCCUUCGUCGCCUGCUGUUUCUGAGAUUACUUUCUCUGGUGCAAAGAGGCUGGAUUCCGUUGCCUUGAAGUUGAAGGAUGGCACAUCCUUUAGCCAUGGAGGGACUGGUGGCACCAAAGUCUCUCUUACUCUGGAUUCUGGGGAGCACUGGACCGAGACCAAGCUCUGUACUGGGCAGUAUAAUAGUCACACUCGCAACUUUUAUAUCAAGGCUACCACCAGUGCUGGUAAAACCUUGGAGGCGGGCACCUCAACUGAUAAUUGCCAGACAUUUACUGCCCCCGAUGGCUUCGCAGUUGUGGGCUUUAUGGGGCAAGCUGAGGAUGAAAUCGAUCAGUUGGCUUUAGUAUAUGCGGCCUACUAA